CAUGCGCUGUGAGGAGCGAGUCUCCGUCUUCAGGAUGGACGCUCCGGCUCUGGAAACCGCAUCUAUGGCUUCAACAGACGGCUAGCCGUCCACCUUAUUCAAUGUGAGAUGGGUAAGGGCUGUAAGGUGGUGGUGUGCGGCCAGACGGCGGUGGGGAAGACGGCCAUCCUGGAGCAGCUGCUGUACGGGAGCCACUGCGUCGGCUCCGAGUCCAGUGAGACCCAGGAGGACGUGUACGUGGCCUCAGUGGAAACUGACCGAGGCGUGAAGGAACAGCUGAGACUGUACGACACCAAGGGACUUCGUGAUGGACAAGACCUCCCUAAACACUACUACACGGUGGCAGACGGAUUCGUACUUGUUUACAGUGUCGACAGCUUGGAGUCCUUCAAGAAAGUGGACAUCUUGAAGAAGGAAAUUGACAAGUCUAGAGAUAAAAAAGAGGUGACGGUCAUCGUGCUGGGGAAUAAAACGGACCUGCAGGAGCACCGGCAGGUGGAGCAGGAUGCAGCGCAGCAGUGGGCGAGAGGGGAGAAGGUAAAGCUGUGGGAGGUGAGCGUCGCCGAGCGCACCUCGCUCAUCGAGCCGUUCACGCAGCUGACCAGCCGCCUCACGCAACCUCAGAGCAAGUCUGCCUUCCCCCUGCCCGGACGCAAGAGCAAGGGCACCUCGUCCAACGACAUGUGAGGCGGCCGUCCCUCCUCCCUGCCUCCACCAGCAGGACCGACGCAUCUGUUUACUCCCAGUGUUAACAUUGUUUAAAAGCUCAGUUUACUGAGAGGACAGAGAUGUCUGACUAAUACCAAGUUGAUGAGCGUGUUCAGUAAGGACCCGGCGUAGUUUAGGUCGGCAUUAAAGACUGGAAAAGCAGCAGAAACGACUCAACGCAGAUGUCAAGCUAAUUAUAUCUUUGUAGUUUACAGGCGAACAAAAACACUUAUCGCUUCUUGCUUUUUUAGGUCCCCAGAGUCGACCAUCACAUCCACGGAUUGAUUUGACACAAGUUUUAUGUCGGACACAGGUCCUCACACAAGCCUCUGUGAGCCUGGUGAUGUCAAAUGCUGGGUUGAGUUUGAGUUGCUAUUUUUGUCGGGGACCGCUGUGGGGAACUGUGGGCGUUGCAGCAGCUGGAGACAACGCCGGGAAGUUGUGGUUCUGUGUACUUCCUGCAGUCUGAUUGAGGUGUGCAGAUUCAGACAUCCCGGCCCGUAGCAGACCGUGCUGCACUCAUGUUCCUGGUUGUCCAUGUAUGAUGGUUACAACAUUUAUACGGUAGUCUUAAAAGUUUCUACUCGAGGUAAAAGUGUGGUACUACCAACGUAUUAGUGAGGUGGGUUUUGUAUUUAUUUAACUUG